AUGCCGUCUUCAGCAUCCCACAACCCUUGGGAAGGCAGCCAGCGUGGCAGGGCCAGCAGUCACGAUCACAGUACUGGCAGGCCAGACGCAAGCACAACAUCCCUAUCCUCCACAAGUAGAUCAACCUCGUUGUCUUCAUCUGCGGCCUUUUCGAUGCAGGCUGCCUCACCUUCAAGUUCAGAUAUCAAGUCUAUGUCGGAUCAUUCCGCUGCUCUUGCACCAGCCAUCCCCUCUACUUCAUCCUCCUCCACCUACGUGUCGCCUCAACCCCGUUCAUCUUCUCUGUCUCAUUCUAUGGGGCAAGUGGUCAGCAGCCUCUCCAAUAGCUCUAAGUCUGGUCCCGCUUCCCCCACCGGCCCAUCUAAGGCUUCCGCGAUAGGAAAUGCUGCCGUCGCAACUGGCCAUCGACUCAAGCGAGCCUUUGCAAACCGCCGCAAGAAGACAACGGAUGAUGCUUUGCACACCGGUCACAGAGUAGAAGGGAAGACGAAGGCGGAUGAGGUGGCAGCGAAAUUGUCCCCAUCUUCUGGGGUGCGAUCGUUCGCAACCGAAACCACGCAGGUGACUGCUUUUCCUCCGUCGCCCCGAGGGCCAAAAGGGGCAGGGAAGCUGACUAUGCAGCUGGCGUCGCAGAUAUUUGGGAAAAAGCAGGGGUUGACUUUGUCGCAUUCUCCUUCGCCUCCAAUCCCUCCGCCAAAGCCAGCAACUCCCCAGAAGGUCAUGGCUGCACCCGCACCCGCGCAAUUAAGCAUUUCACCUCAAUCCAGGCCUGAACAACGCAGCUCGAUCAUUCCAAUAAGUCCGGGCAUUUCGUCGGCGCUUCACUUCAUCCGCACUGAUGAACAGAUGAGAGAACAAGAGAACAGAGGGGUACCGACCUCUCCUCCCGUCGCCGAGGUCGAGAAGGCCAGACCUGAAACGUCGGAUAAGGAGGCAUGGCGGAAGAGUGAUUCGACCAUGAGCCAUCAUACCAUUCGACCAGGGUCAGGACCUGGUAAUAAUCGUGCUUCGAGACCUGUGUCAAUGGCGGAAUCGUUGCAAUCCAAUCACACGAUUGUUCCUCCCAACAAGCGGCUAAGCGCACUUUUAACUGAUGCAGAUUUCUACAUGCCUGAGGAGGACUCUUCAGACGGUGUUUCCUCUCAGUCUCCCCAGCCCCCAGCAUCCUCAUCUCGCGCCCAGAAGCGCCGUUCGAUGUCCUUGAACAUAGCUUCUUUCUCAAACUUCGCGACGAAAGCUCAGCCUUCGCCUCCGCCCCUUCCCCUGACAACAUCGCCUACGCCAGCUAGUGCCGAUCUAAAGCACCCCUCAAAAUCCAUUGCGGAGGGAGCUCCUAUAUUAUCACCACCUGCUUCAAAAGAGGCACCUACUUUGACUAGAACUGCUGCUAGUGGUAUUAUGACUUCGUCUUUGGAUUCGCAGACCGCAGGUACUCAAAUUCGAGGGCAACUCUCUGCUUGGAACGCGGCGGCCAGCAGCAACGCUCUGGCGCCACGAUCGGCUUCGCAAGGUGAUCGUCCGAUCUCCCCGCCGCAAACUCAGCAGCACCAUCAUCGGGACACGCGUACACACCAAAUGCAAGCUCCUUCGCUGCGGCAGACGGCCAUUAGUAUGACGAGUGGGUUUGCACCGGCUGCUGGGUUGGCGAAAAGAGCGGUGGAACGGAUGGGACGUGCACUAGGUGGGAUGAGUUCCAGUUCCAGCCACUCUGGGUAUUCAUCCACCUCGUCGUUGUCUGGAACAGCACCUUCUUCAUACUCGAGUUCUUCUCCAGAGAACCCGCUCGCAAGAGUGUCUUCCAACCAUUCCGGCGUAUCGUUAGGAAAGGGAAGGCCAAGACGUACCCCUAAUGCUCCGUCCACCAGCUCGUGGAGUGUAACAAGCUCGACAACUUCAUCGUCACUAUCGGACAACGAUAUGAUGCCCAUCCCAACAGGCCCUUUGCUCGGCCCGUGUCUACGACCGCCAACCGGACGCGGAAGACUACUUUUCAAAAGGCCUCUCAAGGACGGCUUCAACGAGGCCCCCGUGGUUCCGAGGUCAGAAAGGCACGAUGUCGCAGACGGGGAGGUUCAAUCUUUCGACGGGUCUAGCGUUAGCUCAAGUGUUUUGGAGGACUUGGAGUCGAAGAGAGUCCCGGCAUUGGUCGUACGUUGCGCUCAGCAUCUGCUGAUAUGGGGCGUGCAGGAAGAAGGUCUCUUUCGGGUUAAUGGCAGACCCUCUCAUGUUAGCAAACUUCGCUCCGAAUUUGACUCAGGGGCCGAUUAUGAUAUGACGAAUUGCAAUCCCGGAGACCUGGAUCCCCAUGCCGUCGCCUCUGUGUUUAAGGCAUACCUUCGCGAAUUACCGGAACCGAUUCUUACCCAAGCCUUAGUUCCGUACUUUGAGGCAGCGAUGGCAAAGGAGAGCAGUACUCAUCCUCCUCAAGAACAUUUGCAGUCGCGCAAUUCGGGUGGGAAAGGGCCUACCCUGCCGUCUGGCCCUCGCAGUGGUCUUCCUGCCGUUCGCAAACCGCCUUCGUUGUCUACCCUGGCGAUGCCCAGCUUUGCUGGCAUGCGACCACCGUCCGAAUCUCUCCUCAAUGCGCUUCGCUCUCUUAUCGCGCAGCUACCAUCUGAGAAUCGCGAUCUCCUCCGCAUCGUCACCGAUUUGAUCAACGCUACUGCGAAGGAAAGCAAGGCUACGAAGAUGCCACUCAGCAACUUACUUUUGGUAUUCUGCCCGAGUCUCAACAUGAGUCCUCCCCUUCUCCGCGUCCUGUGUGAGGCAACCUCUAUCUGGGAGCCCCACGUCGAGCCAGAAGUGCUUGACAUCCGAAGGGAGAGCGUCAUCAUUGACAUCAAGUCACCGGCUGCUGGCGAAGAUUUCAAAGAAAAGGAGGACCAGAACGAACAGCCAGAUGCCUCAACAGAGCGAUUGCCUCAGUCCGUCGAUACCGUGUAUAUGGAUGCUUCGGACCACAUUUCCAUCGCGAACUCUAGUGUUACCUAUUCUUCAGACGCCAGCUCUCGGGACGAUGUUUCGUAUGUCUCGACGUCGGAAGGUGUCAUACCUCGCCAACUCGCGCCUUCACCUCCAUUGUCCUCUUCCGUCGAGUCACUUUCGACCCCUUCAACAUCAACGGAUGAUCGUUCUUUCGAUGACGAGCAUGACCUGUACUUGAAGCGUCCUUCUCGUGGGUCCCCAGUCAUUGCUGACAGCAACUCUUCGUCUCCCUUAUCUACCUCUCCGGGGCGGCCUACUAUCAGCAGCCCUAUACUCACAGCCAAACCCCCAACAAUCAGUAGCCCUCUCAACCUCAACAGUCCCAUACAAUUUCCCCUUACAGCUAGCAUCCCACCGACGCCCGUUUCGGCUGUUCGCAAACGAUCCUUCCCAUCACUAUCUCUCCCAAGCUUUAGUCCAUUCAACGGACCUUCUCCGUCACCUUCUGCCUCAUCACCGGCAGUGCAAACGACGAAGGCCAGCAGGCUCAGGAAGCCUUCUCUUCGCCUCCUUCUAUCUCAUCGGGCAUCAGGCUCCCCUUUGGCUUCGCCAACAGGACAAGGGGUAUACUUGCGAGCCCCACGGGCUGCGUCCGAUUCUUCCGUCUCUACCCCAAUAUCCGCCGUGACUGCGCCGCAAUCAAGCACAAUAAAUCUUCCGCCCCUUCUCAGCACGCAAAUCGAGUCUUCGAAGCUUGACCUUGAUAAGGAACCCAUCCAGGUCCGGCCUGAACCUACGCCGCAGCCAGCUGGUUCCAUCAAGUCACCACGACCGCUGCCUGCCAUCCCAGGUUCUGUAAUAAAGAAAGAAAUCCCGACGCCCAUCGCUGACCGCUACCGUUCAGACUCCACUGCGUCUAUUCCCGUCUCAUUGUUGGGUUCUUCGGGAGUUAUCCCUCGACCUACGUUGAGGUCAUCAGCAUCGAAGGCAUCAGUGUCAUCAAGGGCCUCGAAUCAUCUAGGGCUGCUUGACGACGACGGGGAUCGAGAAGACUGGACCAAGAGUGUGCUUAUGGCAGCCGAAGCGAAUGGCAAAUGGACUUCGCUUCAUUAG